GGCCAUUUUCUUGUAGUCCGAAUAUACACCACAGAUAGAAAAGCCAAUGAAGGUAUGAUGUCAUCACCCACUGACUGACUCUUCCUCCGGGCUGUACCGAGGAAUACACGGUAGUGAGGAAGACAUCCGGUGAGUAUGAGACACCCAGCAGCCAUCCCCGUGUGUCAGGAGGACUGAGCAGGACCCAGAGCCCCAUCACGGUGCCUCCACCUCACUGAUACAUGAGAGACACAAUGACCAGAAGAUCCUGGAACUCACUAACAAGAUCAUUCAGCUGCUGCCUGGAGAGGAGGGGGAUUAUAUAGAGGAACACAGGGGUCUGUACACGGACGUGAUGAUGGAGAAUCACCGGCCCCUCACAUCACUGGAUGGGCCCAGUAACAGAGAUACCCCAGAGAGAUGUCCCCGUCCUCUGUAUUCCCAGGAUUGUACAGAGGAGAAUCACAGGAUCCCAAAGGUGGAUCAGGGUGAAGAACUGCUUGAUGUUAAGGUAGAAGAUACAGAGGGAGAAGAAGAGACGUAUGUGACUGAUAUAAAGGCAGAAGAUAUAGAGGGAGAAGAAAAGACGUAUGUGACUGAUGAUAAGGCAGAAGAUACAGAGGGAGAAGAAGAGACGUAUGUGACUGAUAUAAAGGCAGAAGAUAUAGAGGGAGAAGAAGAGACGUAUGUGAAUGAUAAGGCAAAAGAUACAGAGGGAGAAGAAGAGACGUAUAUGACUGAUGACAAGGAUGAAGAUACAGAGGGAGAAGAAGAGACGUAUGUGACUGAUAUAAAGGCAGAAGAUACAGAGGGAGAAGAAGAGACGUAUGUGACUGAUGACAAGGCAGAAGAUACAGAGGAAGAAGAAGAGACGUAUGUGACUGAUAUAAAAGCACAAGAUUUAGAGGAAGAACAAGGGUCAUAUUUGACUAUUAUAAAGGUUGAAGAUAUAGAAGGAGAAGAGAUGUAUGUGAGGGGUGAUCAGCAGUGUAAGGAGGCGGAAAUCCCUACAGAUAUCAGCACAGUUGGACACCUCAACAGGACUACCUCAGAAGAACAUCUCUUUAUCUCUUCAGAUGGUGAAAUCGAAGAUAACCUUACACGAAAUGCUCAAAGAGAACACUUUGUUAUUCCAUCUGAUCCUGUUUAUCAUUGGGAAUUUUCUCCUGGAUGCUCAGAUGUUGGUACAUCUACAGCAGUUCCUGGAGUAGAUAAGACAUUUCCUUCUUGUAUAGAUAACACAUACUUUACACAGAUAGCAAACCCUAUUACUCAUCAACCUGCAGCGGCAGGAGAAAGGCCAUUUUCAUGUUCUGAGUGUGGGAAUUUAUUCACACGAAAAGCACAUCUUAUUACACAUCAGAGAAUUCACACAGGAGAGAAACCGUUUCCAUGUUCUGAGUGUGGGAAACGUUUUACUGAGAAAUCUGCUGUUGUUAGGCAUGAGAGAAGUCACACAGGUGAAAGGCCAUUUCCAUGUUCUGAGUGUGGGAAAUGGUUUACACAUAAAUCAGCUCUUGUUAAUCAUCAGAGACGUCACACAGGUGAAAAACCAUUUCCAUGCUCUGAGUGUGGGAGAUGUUUUAGACAGAAAUCCGAUCUUGCUGCACAUCAGAGAAAUCACACAGGUGAGAAACCAUUUACAUGUACUGAGUGUGGGAAACGUUUUACACACAAAUCAGCUCUUGUGACACAUGGAAGAAGUCACACAGGUGAGAGGCCAUAUUCAUGUUCUGAGUGUGGGAAAAGUUUUACAGGGAAAUCGCAUCUCGUUAGACAUGAAAGACUCCACACAGGUGAGAGACCAUUUCCAUGUUCUGAGUGUGGGAAAUGUUUUUCACGGGAAUCACAUCUUCUUAGACAUGAGAGACUCCACACAGGUGAGAAACCAUUUCCAUGUCCUGUGUGUGGUAAAUGUUUUUCACGGGAAUCACAUCUUGUUACACAUGAGAAAAGUCACACAGGCGAGAAGCCAUUUUUAUGUUCUGAUUGUGGGAAAUGUUUUACACAGAAAUCAUAUCUUGUUACACAUGAGAGACGACACACAGGUGAGAAGCCAUAUCCAUGCUCUGAGUGUGGGAAAUGUUUUACCCAGUCAUCAGAUCUUGUUAAACAUAAGAGAAUUCACACAGGUGAGAAACCAUUUCCAUGUUCUGAAUGUGGGAAAUGUUUUACACAUAAAUCACAUCUUAUUAGACAUGAGAGACUUCAUACAGGAGAAAAGCCAUUUUCAUGUUUUGAGUGUGGGAAAUGUUUCACACAUAAAUCUGCUCUUGUUACACAUAAGAAAACACACAUUGAUGAGACACUAUUUCCAUGUUCUGAGUGUGCGAAAUGUUUUACAUGUAAAGCAUAUCUUGAUAAACACCAGAAAACUCACAGAGGAGAUAAAUAAUUUCAGUGAGCCGAUAAGAAGCAUCAAUACUUGUGAAAUCCAUUGAUAUUAUUAUUGUAAGUUUUAGAAAUUGACAAAUACAUUUACUGAAAAUAACGAUGAUAAAAUAACAGACUUAAUAAGAAACAAAAAUAAAAUAAUAAAUUGAAUAACCUGAGGUAACUGAGGUCCAAAAUGCAACGCGUUUCGCAGCUCACAGUCCAAUUCCCCACUGCCUAAGGAAGCGGACGGAACACUCUUUUCUUCUGGACACCAUGCAGUGAGAUUAUCGGGUUUAAAAUUGUUUAGUUUUUGUUUUAAUUUCUUGUCUAUAUGUUAAUUAUCAUUCAAUUGCUAUUAAUAUGUUGUGAAGUUUUUAGUGUUAGAUAUUUUUGUCUUCGGAUACUGAUUAUUUGCACUUAUAAUGUGAGUCCAUUCUAGGAGCUCUUUACUCCAGGACCUAUCAGUGUUAUAUUAACUUGUUCAUUUUAAACACUGCAGUUGUUACUGAUAAGGUCUGGCCACGUAUUGGCCAACAAGGUCUUACUUAUUCAACAUAGAAGCAUUUUUAACCCUACUUUCCAUAGUGAACGUUUAUAUUUGCAAUAGCUCGUACUAUUAUGGAAUAAAAUAAUGUUCCAGA